UCAACAUGGCUUCAUGGUUCGCCAAUAUCGAGCAAGCCGUCCCUAUCGAGGUGUUUCAGCUGACAGCUAGGUACAGGGAAGACCCAGCGGCUACUAAGGUCAAUCUUGGCGUUGGCGCAUUUCGCACUGAUGAUGGUGAGCCCUGGGUUUUACCUGUUGUGCGGACCGCUGAGUCACAGAUGGCUGCCGAUUUGAGUCUCAAUCAUGAGUAUUUACCUGUUGUGGGACUGGCGUCAUUCAGGACAGCUUCUGUUUCUCUUCUGCUAGGACCUGAUAGUCCAGCUAUUCUAGAAAAUCGGGUGGAGGGCGUGCAGUCUCUUGGAGGAACAGGGGCCUUAAGGAUUGCAGCUGACUUCCUCUUCAAACACCUCAAGAUGGAAACUGUCUAUGUGUCUGCACCAACAUGGGGUAAUCACAAGGGAAUUUUUAAGUCGGUGGGCUAUCCAAACAUCAAAGAGUACAGGUAUUGGGAUGCUGCAAACAGAAGUUUAGAUAUCAAUGGCAUGGUUGAAGAUUUAAAGAAUGCUCCCCCUAAGUCUGUGGUGAUCCUUCACGCCUGUGCUCACAACCCCACAGGUGUGGACCCCACGCCUGAACAGUGGAAUCUUAUCGGGGAUGUUUGUCAGGAGAAGGGCUUGUUCGUGUUGUUUGACUGUGCUUAUCAAGGCUUCUCCAGCGGGGACCUGGACAAGGAUGCCUGGGCCGUCAGGGAGUUUGUCAACAAGAGAGGCAUGGAACUGUUUGUGGCUCAGUCGUACUCCAAGAACUUUGGUCUUUAUAAUGAACGUGUCGGUAAUCUAGCUGUGGUGACAAAAGACGCUGAGACAAUGGCUCGUGUGAGAUCUCAACUGGAAUUGGUGGUGAGAACGACUUGGUCCAACCCUCCAAACCACGGAGGCAGAAUAGUCAGUACAGUGCUGAACAAUAGUGCUCUGGCUGCUGAGUGGAAGGAGAGUGUUCAGAAGAUGGCUGACCGGAUUCUGUUGAUGAGGAAACAGCUGUUUGAGAAGCUACGAGCCAACGGUACUCCCGGUAAAUGGGACCACAUCGUGAAACAGACCGGCAUGUUCAGCUUCACAGGAUUGAAUCCGCAACAGGUGGAUAUCCUGAUCUCCAAAUACCACAUCUACUUACUGAAGACUGGACGGAUAAACAUGUGUGGUCUGACUACGAAGAACAUUGAUUAUGUUGCUAAGGCCAUUCAUGAUGUGGUGUCAAAUGCUUGAUCAGAUAUUGUUUAUAUCAAAACCAGCAGCAGAGAUUAUGUUCUCUCUCAUAUAAUGUAAGUAGAUAUUAUGUUUUUUUUCUUGAACACAGAAGCAUGCGAAAUCACCUGCAUUCUAAUAAAUUUAUGGUAAGAUAAAAACGAAUUAGAUGAAUAUUUGUCUAAAAAAAAAUUUUCUUUGUGAUUCCGAAAAUAGACU